AUGAGAUCACCGCAACAGGUGCAAGAUCUGCAGGGAUCUUCUAUUGCGAUUGGCUUCGCCUCGGCAGAAGAGACACUUGUUGAUCAAACGUUUAAAGCGAGAGACAUGAAAAUCUUGGGUAAAUUUCUUGCCGAUUUCGCCCACAAGGCAAGAGUUGAUUUCAUUGGACUGUGUUCCGACGAAGUUGAUGGCAUCAUCCCACAUUACCUUAAGAUUCUCAAGUCAUCGAUCAUUCGAUCGGCCGUUGCAGCGGGUUCUUGCGAAAGCGUUUCGUCUCCAACAAGCAUCCCGGGCUGUCCAAAAGUUCCCAUAAGUUACAAUACUCCCAACGCUGGCAGACGUACCCCCCCAAUGUGUGAGCGUCAUAUAACCGAAAUGAAAGUUUACGCCAUCGGUGAAGUUUUAAAGCCGUCGGUGCAACAGGAAAUGGCAAGAACUUACGAUGAUACAAGAGGCACAGUCAUGCAGAUGGUGCUGGCUCGUGGGCCAGUCGCAAGCAACAUCGCAGGCAGGGGCAUGAUGUGGACCCUCGCCGAGUACAAGUCUUCGGGUGCCGUCAAAGUUGACGAGAUUUACCAGUUUCUCGAUGCCGGUGGGUUUGUGGAAAAGUUCAUUGGCGUUUGGCGAGAAGCUACAGGCAUGGACACAGACGUUGAAGAAUUGGGCAUCGGGCCAAUAAAUUUCAUGGGGAACACUCUGCUUCUUGCCAGCUUUCCGUACGCGCCUUACUAUGUGGAAGAGAGCGGGCAAAACGUGCUCACGACGAAGUACAUUCCCAAGUAA